GUGAACAUCGUGGUGGGAACUGGUCACGGAGUUCGACUGUUUCCUUCUCGUCUGUACGAAGUUAGUGUUCGGGAAAAUGGACUGGCGCCACUGGUCAUCUUGGACUUGAACUCCACCGAUGAGAUCGCUUACAAGCCUGUCAAAUACAGUAUAGCUACCCAAGAAGUUAAAGGUUUGUUCGCGGUGGAAUCCCAUUCUGGCCAGCUGUCGAUCACCUCGAGUUUGGACAGGGAGAAAAAAGGAAACUAUACCGUGAAGGUCAGAGUAGAAGACACCAGUAAACGACACAGGAGAUCAGGUGAGGAACUACAUAUACUAUCUCAUCACCUGGCUUUUGAUGAGGCCUUGGUAUUAGUAAAAGUAUUGGACGAAAAUGACAAUUCGCCUGUCUUUGAAAAUAGCGGACGCCCCCUGGUGGCAGCUGUUCCGUUGGAAGGUGCAUUUGGUUACAAAGUCACCCAAGUUAAGGCUACAGAUAUUGACGAAGGUUACAAUGGAGAGGUUAGAUAUAAAAUUGUACAGAAAGAAAAGGACGCUUCCUCCAAGUUCCAUAUCGACCCAGUUACCGGUAUUAUUCGGUCAACUGUGACCUUUUCCCUGGACACAGUCCGGCUGUUCAAAUUUGAUAUUAAGGCCACAGAUCGAGAGGGCAGUGACGACGGAAACAGCGCUUUGACUAGCGUGUUUGUGGCAGCAUUGUAUCUAGUGGUUAUCCCUUCUGAUUGA